CUUAUUACCACCUUCACAGUACAGCAAUAUACCGUAGUAUAAAACCAGAGUAAAGUUGGCAUUGCUUUUACAACUUCUCAAAUCAGAUUAAAACAAAUAGCCACAAAUUGCACCCAGAUUCGGCACUAUCUAUACUUUGUUCAGAUGUUCAAGUAGUUUUUGUUUUUACCGAAAAUCACAAUAUUUGGACAGAAGUAUGUUUGUAAAGUGCACUUGAUCGACUGAUAAAAUUUCGAUAAGUAUGGGAAGUCAUUUCCGGGUUCACACUUGGAGAGGUAUGGUGGAUUGCUAUUUUGCUUUUUUGAUCGUGAUGGCUGAAUUAAACGCGCCCAAAGGUGAGGUGCUACACUUGAUGAUGGCUUCCCCCAUGUUGUACGACACAAACGCUUCUGGCACUACGACGUUCACCUGUUUUAGAAGCACACGUACACCGUUAAACAGUAGAUCUCUGAAUCUCGCCAUUCAAUUCUCAAUACGAUUUACUUCCAAUGGAACAACAGAUCAAUCGUCGGGAACCCUAGUUGGUGAAACAAGUCAACCCAAUAACAGACGUGCUCUGACGGUAUCCAAUAAAGCAACGUAUGGCACCAGUGGGUUGUAUUCUUGUGACGAUCAAAACAAUAUGAACUCUUUUACACCUGCUGUGUACAGUAUCACUCACACAAGGAGAGGAAAGCUCAACGGAUUUUACUUUAACUCCGGAACGCUUAUAGUCAACGCUGGAGAAGACGUAACACUGCCAAUGCUAUCGACCGAUGAUAACGAAGUCUAUUCGCAAGUGUUUCGGUUCAGGAGUAACACGUCACUGUCUUAUGGGAACAAAAUAAAAAUAGCCUCCAAUGAGGUUCAACAUGGUGAUGUUUACGGGGCGAGGCUAACAGGACCAAAUGACACUGCCAGUUUGAUCAGAAUUAUAGUAAGAGUUUGUUCGGCUGGUAGAUGGGGUCCACCAAACUGUACAGAUGAAUGCGCUCAUCAAUGCUACAAUGGAGGAGUGUGUGAUGAUAAAACAGGUCAAUGCAUCUGUGCACCAGGAUUCAGCGGGACAAACUGCUCCAAUGCUUGCGGUAAACAUAAAUUCGGGUGGAAUUGUGAAUUUGAAUGCGGACCAAACCACACUGUUGAGAGUUGUACCGGGACACAGUUCAGCUUGUCAGAUCCCUAUGGAUCCAGCUGCAUCUCUGGAUACUCAGGCAGAGACUGUGAUACAGAAUGUCUUAAAGGAACGUAUGGUGCAGGAUGUACACAGACAUGUAACUGUCGUGGAUCCAAUACAUGCGAUAGAUAUACCGGUGGGUGUAUCGAUACAGGAGCAACAGUUGAACCGUACCCUUACAUCCUGUUGAUAGUAGUCAGCAGUGUUUCUGGUAUCUUUGUCAUUGUUUUAUUAUUGGCGUUAAUCAAUGAAUGUUGCCAUCGCCGUGGCAAAACAUCAUCGGCUACGGUUUCUAACACGGAGAUGCGUGAUCAAUCUCGGCACGUCCCUUCGCCAAUCCUUGCUCACCAUGACACAGCAAACCCAUAUACAAACUUUGCCGUUGGUAUACCCUCGUGGGCCAUGCAGCAUUACGUGGAUAGGGAGUUUGUGCACUUUGGUAGCGAUAUAUUUUCAAUUGGUAACUUUGGGGAAGUGACUGGUGGAUCUGUGACUAAAAACGGGACAGUUUACGAAGCUACCAUCAGCAGACUCAAAGCAACUGCAUCACCAACAGAUAAUGAUAAAUUUAUGACGGCAUUUGGGUCCAUGACUCGGGUUGGUAAUCAUCCCAACUUGGUCAACAUCCUUGGACUCUGCACACAUGAUGAUGACUUGUGCGUAGCUCUUGAGUUUAUGCCAUACGGUAACCUCCGAUCUCACUUGAGACAAUCCCGCUUAGCGCCCACAGGAACUUUCCCAUCUUCUGAGACGCUGCUUACAUUUGCUCUGGAUGUGGCCAAAGGAAUGCAGCAUCUUGCUACGAAUAAGAUAGUUCAUCAAGAUUUGGCGGCAAGGAACAUCCUUCUCAACGGAAAUCUGGUUGCCAAAAUCUCUGAUUUUGGUUUGUCACGUGUCGAGAACACCUACCUGGAUGCAACAACGUUUCAGAAAAGAGUGUCAUUUCGCUGGAAGCCACUGGAGGCACUAAACACUGCUAAACACUCAUCAAUGACCGACGUGUGGUCCUUUGGGGUUCUUCUCUGGGAAAUUGUAACGCUUGGUGCAACACCGUACUCAGAUACCCCAACUAGUAUGCUAGUCUCGAAGUUGAAGUCGGGAUAUCGCUUGCCUAAUCCCAGCUACUGCUCACCAGAUAUAUAUGAACUGAUGCAGCGGUGCUGGAAUGUGACCCCUCAUGAUCGACCCAAGUUCCGUAAACUGGUGGAAAUUCUAUCCGUGUGCAAGACACUAAAGAAUUACAUACGGCUGUCGUCCACCCAUGGUGCGAAGUUUUAUGAGAUAUGUCCAGAGCUCGAUGAUAACUAAGAAGGGGUAAUUGGUGCGUGCAGACAUGGUUCCCGACCGUAGUAGUUCUGUACGUAUGCAUCAUACCGAUCAGGUACCCAGACGUAGUGUACGGGGCCAGACUACACAUUUUCUCCUCAAAUAUCGCGCC